UGGUUCUGUUGGACACUACAACAGUGCUGGGAGAACUGGACUGGAAGACCUAUCCCGUCAAUGGGUGGGAUGCUAUCACAGAGAUGGAUGAGCAGAACAGACCUAUUCACACCUUCCAGGUUUGCCAUGUAAUGGAGCCAAACCAGAACAACUGGUUACGGUCUGGAUGGAUCCAGCGGCAGGCUGCUCAGAGGGUAUAUGUGGAGCUGCGUUUCACACUGAGAGACUGCAACUCCAUUCCUUGGGUGUCUGGCACCUGUAAGGAAACCUUCAACCUCUUUUAUCUGCAGACAGAUGAACCGCUCCCUGCAGGGACACGAUUUCGGCCUAUUGACUAUGCCAAGGUGGACACCAUAGCGGCAGAUGAGAGUUUUACACAGACAGAUCUUGGAGAUCGCGUGCUUCGCCUCAAUACGGAGGUCAGGGAGGUGGGACCGGUGACACAGAAGGGCUUCUACUUGGCCUUCCAGGAUGUGGGAGCUUGUAUUGCUCUUGUGUCUGUCAAGGUCUUCUACAAACGCUGCCCAUCCACUUUAAGGAACCUGGCAGCAUUUCCUGACACUGUGCCACAUAUGGACUCAUCCUCUCUGGUGGAAGUGAGGGGUGCAUGCGUGGAGAAUGCAGAGGAGAGGGACACACCCAAAUUGUACUGUGGUGCUGAUGGAGACUGGCUGGUACCAUUGGGCCGCUGUGUCUGUAGCAUUGGCCAUGAGGAGAUGGAUGGAUACUGCCGGGCUUGUAGGCCUGGCUUCUUCAAGGCAUAUGCUGGGAACACUAAAUGUUCCAAGUGUCCUCCACACAGCUCCAGCCAUGACCAGGCUGCCACUAUCUGUCACUGCGAUAAAGGCUUCUACAGGGCUAUCAAAGACCCCACCACCAUGAAUUGCCGCAGGCCUCCGUCACCUCCCAGGAACCUGGUCUCAUUGAUCAAUGACACGGCUCUCUUCUUGCAGUGGAUGCCUCCAAGCGAUACAGGAGGCAGGAAGGACAUCACUUACAACAUCCUGUGCCAGCGCUGUGAUGGAAGUGAGGGCGACGGUGGUGUGACACAGUGUGAGCCCUGUGGGCCAGACCUGCGGUUUAUCCCACGGCCGGUUGGUCUGACUGGUACCUCUGUGGCGAUACUAGAUUUUGCAAUGCACGCCAACUACACUUUCCAUGUAGAGGCUGUGAAUGGCGUAACUGGACUAGGUGUGGCCGUACGCUCGCUGGCGAAUGUUACCGUCAAUAUGCACCAAGUUGGUCCUGCUCUGGUGGGUGUAGUCAGAAAAGACUGGGCCUCUCAAAACAGCAUCGCCCUCUCCUGGUCAGAAGUGGAACCGCCUCCUUCAGACAUAGUGGACUAUGAGGUCAAAUACUAUGAGAAGGAGCAAGAGCAGCUGAGCUACUCAUCGACACGGACCAAAACCCCCAGCGUGGUGGUAACAGGCCUCAGACCCUCCACUGUCUAUGUCUUCCACGUGCGCGCUCGCACUGCUGCUGGCUACACAGCUUACAGCCCCAACUUUGAGUUUGCUACUGCAGCUGAGGAUCCUGAUAUCGCUGAUCAGGGUCAGGUUCUGGUGGUCGUCACAGCAUCUGUGGGAGGCUUUUCCCUGUUGGUCAUCCUUACCCUGUUCCUCCUCAUUACUGGACGGUGUCAAGGGUACAUUAAAGCCAGGAUGAAGUCAGAGGAGAAGAGGAGGACUCGCUUCCACAGUGGACAUGUCCCAUUUUCUGGGAUAAAGACCUACGUGGAUCCAGAUACGUAUGAAGACCCCACUCAGGCUGUGGAGGAAUUUGCUAAAGAGAUAGACCCCUCGUACAUAUGUAUCGAAAGGGUGAUUGGUGCAGGUGAAUUUGGAGAAGUCUGUAGUGGUCGUUUACGUAAACCUGGAAGGAUGGGCAUCGCUGUGGCAAUAAAGACACUUAAAGGUGGCUAUAUGGACCAACAGAGGCGAGACUUCCUGCGUGAGGCCUCAAUCAUGGGACAGUUCAACAACCCCAACAUCAUCAGGCUGGAGGGAGUAGUCACUAAGAGUAGACCAGUAAUGAUAGUGGUGGAGUACAUGGAAAACGGAGCGCUUGACUCAUUCCUCCGGACACGUGAUGGUCAGUUCACAGUGCUCCAGCUGGUGGGCAUGCUGCGUGGCAUUGCAGUAGGCAUGACCUACCUUUCAGAUAUGGGCUACGUUCACAGGGACCUGGCCGCUCGCAACAUCUUGGUGGAUGAAAACCUGGUGUGUAAGGUGUCUGAUUUUGGCAUGUCCAGAGUCCUUGAAGAUGACAGUGAAGCAGCCUACACUGCUACAGGAGGAAAGAUACCAAUACGCUGGACAGCACCAGAGGCCAUCGCUUAUGGAAAGUUUUCCUCAGCCAGUGAUGUAUGGAGCUACGGCAUUGUCAUGUGGGAAGUGAUGUCAUAUGGCGAGAGGCCCUACUGGGAGAUGUCCAAUCAAGACGUCAUUUUAUCAAUUGAAGAGGGCUACCGUCUGCCAGCGCCAAUGGGUUGCCCUGUGACGCUGCACCAGUUGAUGCUGCACAGCUGGCAGAAGGAGUCUAACCAGCGCCCACGCUUCAACGACGUGCUCUCUUUCCUUGACAAACUCAUAAUCAAUCCCAGUGGUCUGCUGACUUUGGUGAAUGAUGUUCAGAGUUACCCUGACUCCCCAGAGGACAUGCCAGACUACCCUCUUUUCAUCUCUAUCGGCGACUGGCUUGACUCCAUCAAAAUGAGCCAGUAUAAGAACAACUUCCUAGCAGCAGGAUACACAACACUGGAUUCCAUUUCAACCAUGAGUAUAGACGACAUCAGGCGUAUCGGUGUCUGUUUGAUUGGUCACCAGAGGAGAAUUAUAAGCAGCAUACAGUCUCUGCGCCUGCAGCUUCACCACAUCCAACAGAGUGGCUUCCAAGUGUGAGACCGUUGCACAAAGACAGACUGUGUGUGCUGCACACUGAGCUGGAA